AUCGACCCUGUGGAUGAAGGGAACGGAAGGGAUGGGAAUGGAAUAAACAGACGUCUGAGUACAAAAGCGCACCUCACUUCAUGGAGUGGAUCCAGAGAGACUGGGGAAAGAAAAUCAUCUUGUUUUACUCAUCUGUGUUGGUCAGGACAUCAGAAGAUAUUCAGCUUGGAGGAGGUCACGUGACCUGCAGAGAGGAUGGCUGCGUAGUACUUUCGCCCCUGCUCUUAUUCCCCCCAUUUCAAUGAAAAACUACCUUGUUAUUCAACUUAACCUUUAUUUGUGAGUGUACUGUGCAACUUAAACAUCCACCCUGUGUGAUGCCGAAGCCAAGAAAGUUCGCCAGGCCUCUUGACCCCAACCAUGAGUUGUCUGACGAAGACGAGGGUGAGCGGGGAAACAAGCUAACCGCCAUGCUAGAGAAGGCCAUGGAAAAACAAAAUGGAAGGCUCGACGAAAUAAAAACUGAGACGUCUCGUUGCACUAAGGAUGUGGCUAAGCUGAGUGCUGACUACAGCGACCUUUGCAAAAGAGUGGACAAAGCGGAGAAUAUUAUCAAGAGCAACAAAGCUAAGCUAGCGGACUAUGAGACUAAGCUGGCAGACUUGGAGGACAGAGACCAGGACAACGUGCGUAUACUAGGCAUCCCUGAGGAAGCGGAGGGAUCCAACGCCUCCCAAUUCAUCUCCACAAAUCUCCUGAAAUGGUUCCCUAACCUGGGUGAACAACGGAUGGAAAUCAUGCGAGUGCACCGUGUUGGCCCUUCGGCUACUGGUAACCGAAGUCCUCGGACGCCAAUAUGCAAAGUGCUCCGCUUCACAGAUCGGGACAGAAUACUCCAAGCUUUGCGGAAAACACCUGUCAAGUUUCAGGGCCAAGAGAUUUGCUUCUCCGCUGACUUCAGCAGCUACACGGUAAUGCAGCGGUGGGCUUUCUCCCCGGCCAUGGAGGAAGCGAGGAAGCAAAGUCUUCAAGCCUUCCUACUAUACCCGGCCAGAUUGAAGCUUAUCCACGGGCAGGAUCAACACAUCGGUGUUGACCUAUUCACCUUUGAUCAGCAGGAGUGACUCAUUGUGGAUUACUAUUCCAAGUUCAUCGAGGUUGAAGUGCAAAAGUCAUCAACCAUCUGAAGUCACAAUUCGCCAACAUGGUAUUCCUGAAACAUUAAUUUCAGGAUAAUUGACCACAGUUAAGCUCACGUGAAUUCCAAGCCUUUGCAAAAGAGUGGAAGUUUAUUCACAGAACAUCAAGCACCCAUCACGCACAGUCUAAUCGAAUGGCGGAAAGAGGAGUACAGACUGUCAAACUCAUGCUAAAAAAGGCUAAAGCUGAUGGAAAAGUCAAAGACAGAUAAUCUUUAUCUGUCUUUGUUGAAUUUAAGGAGCACACCUUUGGAGGAUAUCGGAGCGUCACCAGCCCAGCUGUUAAUGGGUCAACGUUUGAGAACAAGACUUCCGAUGACAUCACAGAUGUUGACACCUCAAAUGAUAACCACUACAGUUCAGACAAUGCUAGAAACAAGACAAAAUUAACAGAAGGAAUAUUUUGAUCAAGGAUGCAAAGCACUUCAGAAACUACAGGUUGGCGAAAAUGCCAGAAUAUGGCAAGAUGGAGUAUGGAAUACAGCACAGGUAACUGGACUUUCUGACCAGCCCAGUUUUUACGUUGUACAGAGACCUGAUGGACAGGUGUAUAGAAGGAACAGGAAGUUUCUGAUCACCAAAAGAAAUGGACAACCAACAUGUGACCUAACAAAAUGUCCGAGACAGCACAGAGGACAAGUGGACACUCAAAACAAAACAACAACCAGAGAUGUCAGUCCUACAAACCUUCCAGGUCUCCCUGGUAAAACAUCAAGUGGACGAAUGAUCUCAAAGCCAAAACGACUUUUUGAGGAGUGAUAGCUCUAUGAAAUGUUUUUUCAGGUUUUAAUGUUUUUUCAUAGUUCAUAGUUGGACAAUUGAGUAGCAAUACUAAAAAAUACUAAAUACUAAUACUAAAAGGAGAUGUCAUGAUAUGUAUAAAUAAUACAUCCUGGUAUAUACACAUGUAAGCCACAAGGCGGCGCUGGUUAGUUGAAUAAAGUUAUGGCUAAAACCUA